GAGGUACUGUUAUAUCACUAAAAAUCAACAAAUAAGCGAGUCAUCCGCCAGAGUGCUUCGCUCAGAGUGUUGCUAAUAACUGGCCUUCCCAAGUCUAAUCACAUUGUUUAAAUUGUGCCCUAAGGAUGGAAUGACUGUAAUUUUCCCAAUUGAUGGAGAUAGUGAUUUAACCAAAAAGCAAUAGCAUUGCUUCAAAAAGAGCUCAAGUGGAGAACGUGCUUUUCAUAUGUGUGUUGGGAAAGGUGCCCUGUUGGAAACACUUCAGUUUAGCUUAGAGCUAUAUCGCCAGUUCAUGCAAGUGAAGGGGGUGCAUUAGAGCUCCAUAUACUUCAGCCUUAAAGGAAGUUUAGAAAUUCUUGGCAGUACAAGCAAGGUUGAUUAGACUAGAUCACAGCCCACUGUUUCUGAACCUGUUUCCUCGUUUGUAAAAUAGUUAAACUAAAUCUAUUGGCCCUUCCUUCAAAACUCGUUUUGUAAGUCACGGCAAAAAAACGUUUGCAGGUGCCUUUACUUCCGUGUUGCUUCAUACUUCUCUUGCGCCUGCGCCAUCUCCUAGGAACGGGGGCGGGGCUAGCAAGUCUUUUUUAGAAUCUCCAGUCUUUAGCUCUGUUAGAACACGAGACUCUAAGCUUACUGGAGGGCCGACUUGCUUUACGGCGCCAGGACGCUUUUUACGGCAUUUUCCGCCUUGCCAUUCACUUCGCUGUGAAGAUGGCGUCGGGCAGCGGGACAAAAAACUUGGACUUUCGCCGAAAGUGGGACAAAGAUGAAUACGAAAAACUCGCUGAGAAGAGGCUCACGGAAGAGAGAGAAAAGAAGGAUGGAAAACCAGUGCAGCCAGUUAAGCGAGAGCUUCUGCGACACAGGGACUAUAAAGUGGACCUGGAAUCCAAGCUUGGAAAGACAAUUGUUAUUACCAAGACCACCCCACAAUCUGAGAUGGGAGGAUAUUACUGUAAUGUCUGUGACUGUGUGGUGAAGGACUCCAUCAACUUUCUGGAUCACAUUAAUGGAAAGAAACAUCAGCGAAACCUGGGUAUGUCUAUGCGUGUAGAACGUUCUACCCUGGAUCAGGUGAAGAAACGUUUUGAGGUCAACAAGAAGAAGAUGGAAGAGAAACAGAAGGAUUAUGAUUUUGAGGAAAGGAUGAAGGAGCUCAGAGAAGAGGAAGAAAAGGCCAAAGCAUACAAGAAAGAGAAGCAGAAGGAGAAGAAAAGGAGGGCUGAGGAGGACUUGACAUUCGAGGAGGAUGAUGAGAUGGCAGCUGUGAUGGGCUUCUCUGGCUUUGGUUCCACCAAGAAGAGUUACUGAGGCUUUCUAUGCUUGGCCUAAGUUUGGCCUAUGCUGGACUAACUGUGUGUGUGUGUGUGUUUGCUAGGGUUUGGGUGGGGUGGUUCAUUUCUUUUUGGGUACUGGGGAAAGUCCUUAAGAGUAUUAAUGGUGAGGACUAGAGGGUGGGUGUUUGUGGUUUCCUUCUACCUUGGAAGAAGGCACAGGAUACAAAGGUAAUACUGUGGCACAUUCCUUUAGCCUCAGUAUAUAUAUGUCACUGGAUUCAGAGGACCUCUGCCCAUCUGAGUUUCCAAUAAAGAAAAACCUCCCCUUUGAGGCUGCUUCCCCGAAACUCCUCCUGCAUCUUUCCCUCUUCAUCUAUCCAUCCUCUGUCUUGAGCAUCCUGCCUUUAUCCUAUGUUCUGCCUUUGUUUUAAUUUUGACUUUUCUUCAGCCUGCAACAGAAACAAUCUCUGGGUCCCCAGAUUCCAGUUGGUGGCAUAUCCUGACUAAUUGCCUCCUCCCAUCCUGCCCUGUGGUUCUCUAGCCACCUGUGCAUGCAUGUAUACUUUUGCUUGAGUUGGUGGUAUGUGUGGGGUGUGUGUGCAUGAAUCUGUUCAUAGAGGUAGCCUGAGCUAGAAUAUCAGAGCAUUGCUUGCCCUGGGGCCUGAUGUUCUUGGCUACCUCAGAGCAUGUAACAGGAAAUUAAAUGGGAUGAGUGUUUGGUGUGGUUUUUGUCUGGUAAGUUUUUUAACAUUGUUUAGAUAUAGAUUGUUUCAGCUUCUGUUUGUUUCGUUUUACUGAGGAUUUCUCUGUUUUUGUCUUCCUUGUGAGCAGGCUCUUGGAAGAACCUGUUUGAUGCAUAAAAGAAAAUGGAAAAAAGCCAAAACCUCACUAUGGGAAUCCUUGGGUCUUAGAGGUUAUUCAGCGUAUAUAAUAAAUGGUAUUGGCUGGGCCUGU